AUGUCAGCUAAUAAUUCAAGGAAUAAUAAGACAUUUUUCAACAAUUUUAUGCCAGUAGUGGUGACGGAUAAACCAUUACCAGGGUAUACAUCAUCAUCCAGUGAAAUCAUUCUUAUAACAAUCAAUGCCACAGGAACCAAAUUGAUUACCACGAGAACCGAUAGAUCAAUUAGAAUAUGGCGAUGUUUUCCAGAAAGGAUAACAGACCCUCAUGUUAUAGAAGAUGCUCAUAGUAAGGCGGUUGAAAGUAUAAGUUGGGAUCCAAACACAGAACAUUCAUUUGCAUCAGUUGGUAGAGAUGAAUAUGUUAAAAUAUGGAAUGGACACACUGGAGCCUUAGAAAGACAAUUCAAAGUAGUUAGGGAUGAUAAAGAAGAAGUUGCUGCUCUUAAAAUAGUGAAAUAUUCAUCGGAUGGAUUGGUAUUAAUUACAGUUGAUCGAGAUUCUGAAAUUACAUUUUAUUCAGUUGAAAACAAUUUCAAACAAAUAUAUCGAUUAAAAGAUAUAACUGAACCAAUAUAUGAUUUCCAAUGGUUUCAUAAUGAUCAUAGUUUUUUUAUUUUAGCAUUUCAUAAUGGGAAUUUACCUAUAUAUGAAUUCAUAUACGAUGAGGGGAAAGAAACAGAAACAAAAUUAAAGACCGAAUUAACUGCACAUAGAUCGUCUGCUACUGCUGUUGUAAUUGAUCCAAGAGGAACUUAUUGUGCAGUUGGUUCAGGUGAAGGUGUAGUUAGUCUUUGGAAUACCAAAUCGAUGUUACAUUUUAAAACUAUUAGUGAGGUUGAUGAAUCGAUUGCAUGUAUAGAUGCCAGUAGGGAUGGAACUUAUAUUGCUGUGAGUUAUGAUAAAGGAGAGAAUAUUGUUAUAUAUGAUACAGUUAGCGGUGAUAGAGUAUAUGAAGUUGCUAAUAGUCUUUCAGGUCAAUUAACAUUUGCAUGUAUCGCUUGGUUUCCAAGUAAAACUUCAUUUGCUUAUUCAAGUGAUGAAGGAACCACCUUAACAGUGAUGAGAAAGCCUGAAAGAAACGGUAGACCUAGAGAUAGAGAUAGAGCACAAUAG